AUUUCUUUUCCCCAGGAUGUAGAAACCUACAAAACGACCACCAAAGACGACAUAGACCAAUGGCUAAAACAACUCCAUUCCCGAAACAUCCAGGACUGGAUGAUAGUCCUGGUAGAAAAUUACGAUUUAAGGAAAAGUAACAAACUCCUGCCCAGGACUACCGUCCUGGACAAAUUGAGGAACGAUUUUGCUACUAAAAAUGGCGACAGAUUUUUAUCUGUCAUCAAUCCUUUAAAAUCGGAGAUCAAAUCGGCGGAUUCCUGGAGAGGAUUGUUAAUAAGGAUAAGGCAUUUGAUGUUAACUGGGUAUAAUAGGAGUAUUAUGAAGUUUGAGGAGUAUAUUCGAGAGCAGAGGGAACGGAGGAACGAGAAUGGGUGGAAUUUUUGUCAGUAUUUUUUGUUACAGGAAGAGUUGGCCUUCGUUUUCGAAAUGCUGGGUCUUUACGAAGACGCCCUCGUCCAAUACGACGAACUCGAUGCCCUCUUCACCCAGUUCGUCCUGAAUUCGCACAUUUCGAAUGGGCCAGCCUGGUUGGCCAGUUUUCAGAGGCCCUUACAAGCCUGGAAGGGCAUCAGGUUGUCUCCUUCGGCCAAUCAGCAGGAACGAGACCUGAUUGCAACCUGCGAGGCUUCUUUGCUGGAAUUUCGGAGCUAUUUGUUCCAGAGACAGUGCGCUAUGUUGUUAUUGACACUCAAACCUUGGGAGAUUGCUCAGAGAUCUCUACCAUUCCUCCACAAUACUGUUCGAGAACUCGAGUUAUUAGAUAUUGCAGAUUCUGCUCCAGAAGGCGCAGCAGCCUGCUGGGUCUUCUUAUGCUGCCUGGAAGUUCUGCACACUUGCGAAAGAUUUAAUAACAGCGGUCACGUGGAGCAGUAUUCUUUGUACACGGCUGAUUUGUGGGCUUAUGCUAGCGAUAAGUUGAAAUCUCUGGGUAAACUCUGCGGCCUGAUGCCGGGUUGCAGUCCUACUUCAACGCAACUUCAUGCCGUCGUCAAUCUGUCAGCAGGAAUGGGUGAUUGUCCUGGUACGAAGCAGCAGCCGUCGCCGACUGAUAAGCUGAAGGAGGCUUUGAGUUCGAAUGAUGCCUUUCAGAGACAUUAUUUGGAAUUAGCAGAACUAGCAAUGGGUACUUACAAGCACAUAGGGCGCAUUAGAAGCGCUCGGCUGAUCGGUUUAGAUAUCGCCAGAUUUUCAUCGGAUAUCGGACAGAUGAAUAAGGCCAUUGUAUUUUUAAAUGAUGCCCUAAGGGCUUUUAGUGAUGAAGGAUGGAGGACUUUGGUGGUGCAGACACAACUCGAACUUGCUGCUUGUUAUAAGAAGAUGAACGACUUGGAAAGGUACAUCCGAGUAUCAGCCGCCAUAUCGAGCUCUCAAGAACUGGAAAUUCUAGUCCGUCAUUUCUACUUCGAAGAGAUGACAAAAUCCCUAAAACAACUACUAGCGAAAAAAUCAACUUCCCUCAGCGAUCAACCCCAAUCGAACAUCCUGUCCGACCUUUCGGAUGUCUUUACAAUUAAAUCUUUAAAAUUAAUGCUGCCCGAUACCUGUACUGUGAUGCAGGACGAGACCGUAGAGACUGAAUUGAGACUGUAUAGUAGAUUUCCGAAGGAGAUCUAUGCGGAUUCCGUAGCCGUUUCUUUGGAGUUUAAAAAAGGGUUGGAUAACAAAAGUUGUAAGAAGAGGGAUGAAAAGCCGAAGGCGACGGAGGAGAAAAGUAGUCGGGUUAAUGGGGAUGCGGAGGAUGAGGAGGGCUGUGAUAGUAAAGUUUUAAGGAAUAUGUAA